CGCUCGGAGCAGACUGGAGUGCGUACAGCCACAGCCACAGGCUCGCCAUUCGCUGUCAGUGUACCACUGCCUCUAUCAGAAGCCAUGCCCCCGCCGCCUUAUUAAAAACCCUUCAUUCACCGGACACACCUUCACUCCGCUUCUGUCUGCAUGGCCGCGUGCAUAGCAUUUGCCAUGUUAAAGCGCGUGCAUUUCAGCCGCUUGAUUUGCCGUUCGCUAGUUGUGCGUUAUUAUUUGUGUCUAUUUUUAAUUCCUUUCCAUCUCCGCUUGCCUUGCAUGGCUUGUGGAGAGCAAACGUAUCCAGAGGACCGGUGGUUGGGCCACCAGAUGCCGAAAUUGGACCACAUAGAACAGUAUGAAGUUAUUUACCCCAGGUGGCUGUCCCCGGAACGGUGCAGAUCCUCUUUCUCCGACAAAGUCAGCUCUUAUCAGCACCCCCCACAGGUGAAGGUCGGGAUUACGGCAGGGAGGAAGGAGCUGGUUCUUCAGCUGGAGCGGAACGAGCAGCUGUUCUCCCCCGGGUUUAAGGAGACUUGGUACAGUCCCGGCGGAGUGCGCCACACCUCAUCCCCCCCCCGCCCCGAGAACUGUUUCUACCACGGUGUGGUCCGUGGAGACGCGGAGUCCAGCGUGGCCCUCAGCACCUGCAAGGGACUGAGGGGCAUGAUCACAGUCAGCGGUAAUGUGAGCUACCUCAUCCAGCCCCUCCCCAAUCAAACUGAGACUGGUGGACAUGCCGUGUACCGCGCAGAGGACCUGAAACUGCCGCUGGGGGCAUGUGGGCAUCACCAUGGAAACCAGGAGGGUGGGCUGGACAACUUCAUCAGCGUGAUGACGCAGUCAAACCUGGGCAGCAGGGGAAAGAGGGACCUCAGCCAGAACAUGAAAUACGUGGAGCUGCUCCUGGUGGCUGAUCAUGCAGAGUUCCAGAAACAUGGACGGGACUACGAGAAGACCAAGCUGAGGCUGCUGGAGGCUGCAAACUACGUGGACAAGUACUACAAGGCUCUGAAGAUCCGCGUGGCGCUGAUCGGGCUGGAGAUCUGGACGGACCGGGACCAGGCCAGCGUGACGGAGAACCCGUACAGCACGCUGGGGUCCUUCCUGACCUGGAGACGCAAGCAGCUGCAACGACUUCCCAACGACAACGCCCAGCUCGUCACGGGCGUGUCUUUCCAAGGGACCACCAUUGGAUUGGCUCCUCUCAAAGCCAUGUGCUCCGAUUACCAAUCAGGAGGUGUGAACUCGGACCACUCAGACAGCGCUCUGGGUGUAGCUGCCACCAUGGCCCAUGAGAUGGGGCACAAUUUCGGGAUGAGCCACGACACCACGGGCUGCUGCCUCGCCCACCCAGAUGAGGGUGGCUGCAUCAUGGCCGCUGCAACAGGGCACCCGUUCCCCCGCGUGUUUAACCAGUGCAAUCAGAAGGAGCUGCAGCGCUACCUGAGCUCAGGUGGGGGGAAGUGCCUGUUCAACCCCCCCAACACCCGCGCCAUGUUCGGGGGCCAGCGCUGCGGCAACGGCUACCUGGAGGAGGGGGAGGAGUGCGACUGCGGGGAGGAAGAGGAGUGUUCCAGCCCGUGCUGCAACGCCAAUAACUGCACGCUGAAGGUGGGGGCGGAGUGUGCGCAUGGAGUGUGCUGUCACAACUGCAAGCUGAAGAGUCCCGGAGUCAUGUGCCGGCCAGCGUCAGGGUCAUGUGACCUGCCGGAGUACUGCAAUGGGAACUCGGAAUCCUGUCCGGCCAACUUCUACCUGGUGGACGGCACUUCCUGUGCGGGGGGGCAGGCGUACUGCUACACGGGCAUGUGCCUGACCCUGGAACAGCAAUGCCUGUCACUGUGGGGGCGGGACGCUCGCCCUGCCCCUGACCUGUGCUUCCAGAAGGUGAAUGAGGCGGGAGACUCGUACGGGAAUUGUGGGAAAGACCUGAUGGGGAAGUACAGAGCCUGCAAAAGCACGGACGCCAAAUGUGGGAAGAUCCAGUGCCUCAGCGCCGCCACCAAGCCCCUGGAGACCAACGCCGUCUCCAUAGAUACCAGCGUUCACCAGGGCAACCGUAAGAUCAUCUGCCGGGGGACCCACGUGUACCAGCCCGAUAAGAAGGAGGACGGCCAGGGGGACACGCUGGACCCGGGCCUGGUGAUGACCGGGACCAAGUGUGGGGAGGACGGGGUCUGUUUUGAAGGAGAAUGCCGUAACUCUUCCUUCCUCCGUGCGGACGAGUGCAACGCCAGGUGUCACAACCACGGGCUGUGCAACAACAAUCACAACUGCCACUGUGACGCGGGCUGGGCUCCGCCCACAUGCGAUCAGGUGGGCACAGGUGGGAGCGUGGACAGCGGACCAGUCCCUCCUCAGAGCAGUCUACUUCCUGUCCUGUUGCUCCUCCCCCUGUUCCUGCUCCUGGGAUUGGCUGCCGUGGCUCUGUGGUGUUGUCAUAAGCACAGGUCCCGCCCUCAGAAGAGCCCCGCCCCUCCGCCACCACCAAUCUCCACCCCCUCUGAUGCCAAAGCUCCACCUAUUGGUCACGCCAACCCCACCUUCCAGCUGAAGAGGCAAGACUCUGACAGGCUGACCGGGGGGGCGAAGCAGAGUCCGGGCUGCCCCCCCAAGAGACCCUCCAUCGUUCGCCCGACGGUGAAGCCACCCCACGUACCCGCGUACACAGCUCAGCAGGGCACCUCCAUCCCCCCUGCCCCCCACCCACCCCCCUGUCCUAAACCGUCGCCCCUCGUCACGGCCAAACCGCGCCCGGCACCCCCCAGCCGGCCCCCUCCACCCUGCCCCCUGUCCAAACCCAGUCAGGAGCCACUGAGUAAGAGCAACCCUCAGGUACCAACAGAACCAGCUCCCAGCAGCACCCCUCCGCUGAAGAAACCACCGCUGCCCCCUGGCAGACAUGCACAGAGAGCCAGGUUUCAGACGGGCAGCGGAGGGACGAGCUGAGCACCAGCAUUCUGCCCUGUGGAAUCAUGGGUAAUGACCUUCGUGCACGGGUCAUUCGGGCAUACAGGUGACUUCAUCUCAGAACAAUUAUGAGAGAGACUCCCACACUUAAUGUUCUGUCCCAUGUACUUGAAUUCAGAGGUGAUGUGUACUUAUAAUUAUUUAAUUCUUGAAUCCUAAAAUCUUUGGUUUUUUUUUUUUUGGUUUUUUUUUGAAGUUUCCAUUUUCACUUGUCAUCUGCUGGCACAUGAUGCGUGAGCGUUUUAAGAAGGCAUUAAAUAAGCUCUCUAUAUUCUGGAAUCGUGUUUCCAUAAAGCAUGAGGCUAUACGUGUCUUAUAUUAAGAAAAUAUCAUGCAAAGAAUGUGACUGCUCUACUCGCUAAUGUGUGAACAGUAGGAAAACACCCUCCUGUGGAUUUAUUCAGAGAAGAGUGAAUGCAGAGUCCCCAUGCAUGCAGUAUACUUCUGUCUGAGCUGAGCAACCAGGACCUUUCCUCCUUACAAGCAAUACUUUGCUGGCUUUUAAGUAGAAUGGAAACUUAUUUUGUACAUUUAUCUCUCCUGUGUUUUAUUAGUGAUUUAGUUCGAUAGCCAUGUCUUUGGUCAGCUGCGCUGUCCAUCCAAUCCAGUCCAGCCCUGAACUGCGGGAUCGUCCAGGCGUGGGAUAGAUUGAGGUGCUAAUACUCGGGUUUUUUUAUGCGUUGUUGAUUCCAAGCGUGAGGAGCAGAAAACGUCUUGCUUGAACUUACCACUUCUGUCCAGCAGUGGGCGCCAUAUACACACUAUUUGGCUGAGCAUCUCCGUGUUCACGAUGAGGAACAUUUCAGAGUAAUUUUACUUUUCUUUUGCAUAAUAACUUUUGGCGAGCAAGAGGCUAAACCUUUUUAAAUACCAAACCCAUUUUUUAUGAUUUGCACGAUUAACCGAGUGUUCUGCUUUUGUGUCAUUUACGUGAGAUUUUUUAAAAAUCUGAACCAAAAUAUAAUUUUGAAAUCCGAUUUACUGUAACCCAAACUCUGCAGCUAUAAAACAUAUUUCUAAAACCAAUUCUACCCCAUUAUAUAUAAUUAUAUAAAUCCAAAUGGGAGAGGCUAAAUGAUGAAACUGGUUUAUCAGGACUGGUUUAUCAAAUCCGUUUAUGAAUUUACUACCACCUUUAUUUGUGGCUCAUUAGCUUUCACUCCACUCUAGUAUAUGCAAUAUAAGUGUACGUAUUAAAGGGAGAAGUGUACUAGUUAUUAGAAUGGGUAGAAAUGAACAGAUUAGCUGGGCCUCUUGACCAAUCAGAUCGAAGCCAUUGUGCCAAACGACUGCAGAAGAUCAGUCCCAGUCUUCGUUUGCGUUUCCUCAUUUUUUGGACGCCGUGGCUUUUUUUAAUGAAAGAUUAUUGUCCGCGUGUUGCUUCUGCAAUGCUUUUGGUAUAUUUUAAUGAGCCAGAUUUUUUUUUGGCGCGCACUUUUCACAAGAACUGGAGAGGGACUUGAAGCCUUUAAAAUCUGUGACUUUCGUGAUCAGCAGGUUGUCCGUUUCUUGUGGACUCAGAAAAAGAACAUGCACAUUUAAUUUUUUCUUAAGUAAAACAUGAAUAUUUUCCACUGUUGAUAAUGUGAAUUAGACAUGUUCUUAUUCCGUGCAAAAUACAUGCUCUAUUAUUUGUUAUUACUCUAUAUGUAAAUGAACCAUAUUAGAUUAUGUAAGUAAACAUAAUUCUUGAGCAAAGUAAAAUUUGUGUUAACAUAUGUAAAUACGUCCACGUGUGAUCAGUUAUACACAGCGGUUAAUGCCUCUAUACGUGGAGCUCUGGAAUCUGAUGCUAGGGAAAUGCCUAACUGAUGUUUUACUAACGCUUUAUUUUUUAUGACUGUAUGUACUGUAGGUGUAGGACUGCAUCAUACGAAGCAGUGCCAUUUAAACCGAUGAGCUCUCGACCUAUGCAAAAAACAGGCUGUCUGAUGCAUUGUGCCUUCUGUACUUAAAUCAGAAUAAACUUUUAAAAUUCA